AUGACCGCUUUCUACGUCUGCGCCGUCCUACUCGCGCCAAUGCUGUUUAUGGGCAUGAUUCCCUCCGCACAAGCACAGCAGCAGGACCCAGUCAAAGACACUUCCGUUACCGGCCCAGUCAUCGGUAUCGAUCUCGGUACAACAUACUCCUGUGUUGGCAUCAUGAAGGGUGGCAAGGUGGAAAUCCUCGUGAACGAUCAGGGUAACCGGAUAACGCCAUCGUGGGUUGCGUGGAACGACGAGGAGAGGCUUGUCGGCGACGCAGCGAAGAAUCAGUUCUCGUCGAAUCCCGGCCGGACAGUCUACGACAUCAAGCGAUUGAUUGGCCGGAAGUACGACGACAGGGAUGUACAGAGGGACAUCAAGCACUUCCCAUUUACUGUUGUCAACAAGGGCGGGCAGCCACGUGUUAAGGUUGAGGUGAAAGGCGACGAGAAGACCUUCACCCCCGAAGAAGUCUCCUCCAUGAUCUUGGGUAAGAUGAAGGAGGUCGCCGAAGCCUACCUUGGCGAAAAGGUCACCAACGCCGUCGUCACCGUCCCCGCUUACUUCAACGACGCCCAGCGUGCCGCCACCAAGGAUGCAGGCACCAUCGCCGGUCUGAACGUCCUCCGCGUCGUCAACGAACCCACCGCAGCCGCUCUCGCCUACGGCCUCGACAAGACCGAUCAGGAACGCCAAAUCAUUGUCUACGAUCUUGGUGGUGGUACCUUCGAUGUCUCCAUUCUAACCGUCGACCAAGGCGUGUUCGAGGUCCAGGCCACGGCCGGUGACACUCACUUGGGUGGUGAGGACUUUGACCAGCGCGUCAUGGACUACUUUGUCAAGUUGUACAACAAGAAGCACGAUACCGACAUCUCCAAGAACCCGAAGACGAUGGGUAAGCUGAAGCGGGAAGUGGAGAAGGCGAAGCGCACCCUGUCCAGCCAGAUGAGCACGAAAAUUGAAAUCGAAGCUUUCCAUGAGGGCCAGGAUUUCUCCGAGACGCUCACCCGGGCCAAGUUCGAGGAGCUGAAUAACGAUCUGUUCAAGAAGACGCUUAAACCGGUCGAGCAGGUGCUUAAGGAUGCGAAGUUGAAGAAGAGCGAUAUCGAUGAUAUCGUGCUCGUUGGUGGUUCCACCCGUAUCCCGAAGGUGCAGAGCAUGCUUGAGGAGUACUUUGGCAAGAAAGCGAGCAAGGGCAUCAACCCGGAUGAAGCUGUCGCUUAUGGUGCGGCGGUGCAGGGAGGUGUCUUGUCUGGUGAAGAAGAGGCCAAAGAUGUCGUCCUCAUGGACGUCAACCCUCUUACCCUCGGUAUCGAAACCACGGGCGGCGUAAUGACCCACCUUAUCAAACGCGGCACUACCAUCCCUACCAAGAAAUCCCAAAUCUUCUCCACCGCCGCCGACAACCAACCUACCGUCCUCAUCCAAGUCUUCGAGGGUGAACGCAGCAUGACCAAAGACAACAACUUGCUAGGCAAGUUCGAACUCUCCGGCAUCCCUCCUGCUCCCCGCGGCCAGCCACAAAUCGAAGUCACCUUCGAACUCGACGCGAACGGCAUCCUCCGCGUCAGCGCGGGCGACAAGGGAACAGGCAAGAGCGAGUCCAUAACAAUCACCAACGACAAAGGCCGGCUCAGCGCGGAAGAAAUCGAACGCAUGGUCGCGGAAGCGGAGAAAUACGCCGAAGAGGACAAGGCGACGCGCGAGCGCAUCGAAGCGCGCAAUGGCCUCGAGAACUACGCGUUCAGCCUCAAGAACCAAGUGAACGACGAGGAAGGUCUGGGUGGGAAGAUUGAGGAGGAUGACAAGGAGACGCUGCUCGAGGCGGUGCGGGAGGCGACGGCGUGGUUGGAGGAGAACGCGCAGACUGCCGAAGCGGAGGAGUUUGAGGAGCAGAAGCAGAAGUUGAGCGAUGUCGCUUACCCGAUUACGAGCAAGUUGUAUGCUGGUGCUGGGGGUGGGGGUGCGGGGGGGAUGCCGGAUUAUGGGGAUGAUGAGCCGGAGGGGCAUGAUGAGUUGUGA